GGGAAAUGAUACGCUGGGUGGAGCAUACUCCUUGAGCACGCUGGUAAGAUCGUAAGCCGCGCAACGACCGAUCGUCGGAUGCCGGACACUUGAGUACGGCAGUCGCCAAAGGAUGCCCUAUGCCCUAGAGAAAGGCAUUAUUGUAGGUCGUCUCCUUAGCUUCGUGCCUUCCACUCCCCACUCAGUCAUUCAAAAUGUCUCGUCCAAAUUUCCUCGUCAUUGUCGCAGACGAUCUUGGUUUCUCGGACAUAGGUGCGUUUGGCAGUGAAAUCAAGACACCGAACAUCGACAGAUUGGCUUUCGAUGGAGGCUUGCGAUUCACAGACUUCCAUGCAGCAGCAGCAUGCUCACCUACCAGAUCCAUGCUUCUCAGUGGCACUGACAACCACAUCGCUGGCAUCGGAGCUAUGGAGGAAAAUUUGCAAGAGUUCCAGAAGGGCAAGCCUGGCUACGAAGGAUAUCUCAACGAUCGUGUAGCUCCUCUAUCCGAAGUUCUGCAAGACCACGGAUACAAGACUUACAUGUCGGGAAAAUGGCAUCUGGGAUUAUCACCCGACCGAUGGCCUGUCAAGCGCGGUUUCAAUCGGUCAUACUCGUUGUUACCAGGUGCGGCCAACCACUACGGCUAUGAGCCGCAAAUUGAGCAAGGAGAUAAUCAACCCGGUAUCCUCAAAAGUACGCCAGUCUUCUAUAUUGAAGAUGACAAGGCAAUUGCUCCUUCGGAUCUUGGCGAGGGCUUUUACUCGACCGAUAGAUUUGGCGACAAAAUGAUCAAAUAUCUCCAGAAUCACAAGGAGAACGAUGGUGAUAAACCCUUCUUCGCGUACUUGGCUUUCUCGGCACCUCAUUGGCCUUUGCAAGCGCCAGAGGCGGACGUUGACGCUUAUCGUGGUGUUUACGAUCAUGGACCUGAGCAUCUUCGAGAUCAACGACUAGCCAGUCUGAAAAAGCUUGGACUGGUUCCUGAACAUGCGAUCCCACAUCCAGCUGUCGCACCACCAACAGGAAGAACAAUGUCUCAGCCUUGGGACACAUUGACAGAAGACGAGAAGAAGACGUCGUCUAGAACAAUGGAGGUCUUUGCCGGUAUGGUACAGAGGAUGGACUAUCAGAUCGGAAAGGUGAUAGAACAGCUAGAGAAGACUGGUGAUCUAGACAACACGCUGAUUCUCUUCAUGUCUGACAAUGGAGCUGAGGGUAUGCUGAUGGAAGCUUUGCCUCUCAUUACUGGCGACAUCUUUGCUCACGUUGCGAAAUACUAUGACAACAGUCUAGACAACAUCGGCCGAGGAAACUCGUAUGUUUGGUAUGGUCCUCAUUGGGCGAACUCUUCAACAGCACCAUCGAGACUGUACAAAGGUUUUUCGUCCGAAGGAGGCAUCCGUGUUCCGUUCAUCCUUCGCUAUCCUGCUCUGACUGCUCAAAAGUCACAGGAUACCAACAUUGAGCAUUCUUUCGCUACUGUGAUGGACAUUUAUCCGACCCUGCUUGAUUUGGCAGAGGCAAAGCACCCUGGAAAAACUUACAAGGGUCACGAAGUUGCACCAGUCCGCGGGCAAUCAUGGGUACCAUAUCUCUCUUCUGCCACCAACGAGAUUCACAGCGAGAAUGCCGCAGUGGGUUGGGAGCUCUUUGGAAGACUUGCCGUGAGAAAAGGCAUUUGGAAAGCGACAUACAUCCCUGCCCCGUAUGGCCCAGAGAAGUGGGAGUUGUUCGACUUGAAGGCCGAUCCUGGAGAGCUCAACGAUAUUUCAGAAAACAACAAAGAAAAGCUUGCUGAACUUCUCAGCGAUUGGCAGGAUUAUGUCGCGGAGGUCGGAGUGGUUGGACAGGCACCUGAAUAUGGUACACUAGUAUUAGACUGAUCAAGAUUAGAACAUGUCACUUUCUAGUCGGACAGAACAAACGCGGUAGAAGAGCCUGUGACCGUAGCGGACAGGUAGAAGCGACGAGGCACAAAGACUCGAUGCAAAGAUCGACAAACCCUUGCAGCGUACGCUACAGAGCCAAGAGUGGAAGUGAUCUAUACUUGGCGAAACAUACAAUGGAAGUGAGAGCGCAAUGCCAAGAUCUAUGUUAACACGAUCUAUACCUAUCAUUCAUCACGGCAGUAUGAGCAACAACCUCAAAGUAGAAGGGAUGGGUAAACGAAAUAGUAUUCGACCAUAGCUGGUCGUAUGUAACAGAACGUCCCGUCAUCUUAGACGACACUCCUAUAUCAAAAAGCCGCGUUGCUCGAUAAGAAAGAAAUUCGGUGAUGCAAAUCGAUCGUCUUGACCCUUCUUUUCUCUCCACAUCUAUAAGAAAUAGGUCGAAUGG